AUGGGGAAUUGCAGCAGUAACCGGGUCCGGACAUGGGUCGAUGACGAGGACUGGGACUCACCGGAGGAGAAGACCGAUCGGCGCGGGGAAGGGAAGGCGACGAGGACCUUGGAGAAUCUGAAGGGGGAGAGAGGGGGGCUCUCUUCCACGGUGGUGAAGAUCAAGAUCACCAGGAAGCAGCUGCAGGGAUUGCUGACGCACGCCGACGAACGAGGGUUGUUGUCAGCCCACCACGUCCUCGGCGACAUCAUGAGCGCAGGCGUCGUCGUGUACCGUGCACAACGCCGGCGGCGGUGGAGGCCGAACCUGCAGCGCAUACCGGAGGCGUCGGAGGAGGACUUGCUGUGA